AUGAAGCAAAGAAUCAGUGCUUUAGAUCUUCAGAUCAUUACAUCUGAAUUGGUGAAAAAUGUAUUGAAUUACCGUUUGCAGAAUAUUUACAACAUUACCAAUUCCUCGAGACAGUAUCUUUUGAAGUUUGCGGUACCAGACUCAAAGAAAGUCUUGGUAUUGGAUUGCGGUAAUAAAUUACAUUUAACUGAUUUUGAAAGAAGUACUACACAAGCACCUUCUAAUUUUGUUACAAAAUUGAGAAAGCAUUUGAAGACAAGAAGAUUAUCACUGAUUAAACAGAUUGGUAAUGACAGAGUUCUUGUCUUACAGUUUAGUGAUGGGAUGUUCUACUUGGUCUUGGAAUUUUUCAGUGCUGGUAAUAUCUUAUUAUUAGAUCACGAACGUAAGAUUUUAUCCCUCCAAAGAAUGGUUAACGAUAAAGGUGACAAUGAUAGGUAUGCAGUAAACGAAACCUACAAAAUGUUCGAUGAAUCUUUGUUUGAGGAGGAUUAUGUGUAUCAAGAAAGAAAUUAUUCCGUGGAAGAAAUUGAAUCUUGGAUUAAUACUCAUAAACAAAAAAUUACUGAAAAGAAAGACGUUCCCGAUAAAAAGAAGAAAGCAAAAGUUUUCUCUAUUCAUAAACUAUUAUUCAUAAACGCAAGUCAUUUAUCUAGUGAUUUGAUCCAAAAAACUUUGCAUGAUUUUGGCAUAAAUCCAUCGGGUGUUUGUUUAGAGUAUUCUGAUAACAAAGAAAAAUUAAGUCAAGUUGUUAAGGCAUUAGAACAAGCAGAGAAGGAUUAUAUCUCGAUUACUUCGCAAAAGGAUGAUUCGACCAUUAAUGGUAUCAUUGUCUCCAAGAAGAAUCCAUUGUAUAACCCGGAAGAUAAAGAUACUACGGAAGAUUUGGAAUUUGUUUAUGAUGAGUUUCAUCCUAUCAUACCUUAUAAAGAAAAUCCAGAAUUAUAUAAAUUCACCGAGGUGAAGGGAUAUAAUAAGACCCUUGAUACAUUUUUUUCAACUCUCGAAUCUACCAAGUAUGCAUUACGUAUUGAGCAGCAAAAACAACAAGCUGCAAAAAGAUUGAAUCAUGCUCGUGAUGAAAGAGAUAAGCAAAUUCAAUCUUUGGUUUCGCAACAAGAAUUACACACUAAAAAGGGGGACACUAUUAUGUAUCAUGCUGAUUUAGUUGAUUCAUGUCGCGAAUCGGUUCAAAAAUUGAUAGACCAACAAAUGGAUUGGACUAAUAUUGAAAGUGUUAUCAAGUUGGAACAAUCUCGUGGUAAUUCCAUCUCUCAAACUAUUAAGUUACCAUUGAAUUUGAAAGAGAAUAAGAUUUCGUUACUGUUACCAGAGUUGGAUGCAUUAUUCGAGCAUAACGAAACUGAAUUGAACAAAAGCGAUGAUUCUGAAUCUGAUUCUGAAUUCGAGUCCGAGUCUGAAUCUGAAUCUGAUUCUGAUUCUGAUUCUGAUUCUGAUUCUGAUCCUCAUUCUGAUUCUGAUUCUGAUUCUGAUAUUAAUACCAAGCGUAAGAAGAAACCACUUAAAAAAGAAAAGAAGAAUAUCGUCCCACAUCUUUCUGUUGUUAUUGAUUUGGCCCUUUCGCCAUUUGCAAAUGCAAGAACAUAUUUUGGAACGAAAAAAGUAGCGGAAACCAAGCAAGCCAAAGUUGAAAAAAGUACUGAAAUGGCACUUAAAAACGCCCAACGUAAGAUUGAUCAUGAUUUAGCUCAAAAUUUAAAGACUGAACAGGAUACUUUAAAGUUGAUCAGACCAAAAUAUUGGUUCGAGAAAUUUUAUUGGUUUGUUACUAGCGAAGGGUAUUUAUGUUUAGCGGGACGAGAUGAUCUGCAAACUGAUAUGAUUUACUAUCGUCAUUUCAAUGAUAAUGAUUCGAUAGUUUCUUCUGAUAUUGAUGGGUCUUUAAUUGUUUUCAUUAAGAAUCCAUUCAAAGGAGAAGAAUUACCCCCAUCGACAUUAAUGCAAGCAGGUAUAUUCGCCAUGUCAGCAUCACAAGCUUGGAAUGGGAAAGUUACUACCUCAGCAUGGGUCUUGCAUGGUACUGAGAUUUCCAAAAAGGAUUUCGAUGGUAGUUUAAUAAGACCAGGACAUUUUAAUUAUAAAGUACAGAAAGAGUACUUGCCACCAUCACAAUUAGUAAUGGGAUUUGCAUUUUAUUGGUUAGGUGAUGAAGAUACUACUGAAAAGUAUAAACAAAUUAGAACAAAUAAAGAAUCCGAACAUGGAUUACAGAUAAUCAUGGAUAACAAGAAACGAGAUCUUGAGGAGGUUGUUGCUAAGUCAAAGGCAGAACAUCUUGAGGCGGAUCAAGAAAGCGAAACCGUUGAAACAAAGCCAGAAACACUCGGUGUAAGUAAAUCUGCAACUGAGCCUGUUGAAUCCGCAACUGAGCCUGUUGAAUCAACACCCGAGCCUGUAACUCAAUCAGAGUCUAAAGAGGGGUCGGCUGAACCUGAAACUGGUAAAAAGAGAAUGAGUGCUAAAGAAAGGAGAUUGUUCCGUAAGGGAAAGACGAACUCUAAAAAUGAAGAAGAUGAUAUAGUUGAUCCAAUUCAAGAAGAAAUGAAUAAACUCAAAGUUCAAGAACAAGAAGAGAAGAAAAAUGAAUCCAAUAAUCAGCAACAGCCACCUAAGGUUAGAGGUAAAAAAGCUAAAUUAAAGAAGAUUGCCAAUAAAUACGCAGCACAAGAUGAAGAAGAACGAAGAUUAAGAAUGGAUGCUUUGGGGACAUUGAAACAAGUUGAAGCCAAAGAAAAGAAACAACAAGAAGAUGUGGAAACAGAAAAGAAUCAACAACUUGAGAAGAAAUAUCAAUCAGAAGUAGCAUCAAGAAAGAAAAAACAAGAAGAAAGAGAAUACCAAAAAUACAUCAUGGAAGAAGUUAACGAAGAUGAAUCAAGCGUAACUAAUUAUUUAGAAAUCUUAGAUUCAUUUUUAGUUAAGCCCCAACCACAAGAUGCUACAAUUUCGCCAAUUCCUGUUUUUGCACCUUGGUCUUCAUUGAAUAAAUUCAAAUAUAAAGUCAAGAUCCAACCAGGGAUGGGUAAAAAGGGUAAAGCCGUAAACGAAGCACUUCACUACUUCACUCAUCGUAAGAUGGAUCCCAAUGGUCAAGACACUGAUUUAGAUUGGUCCAAUGAACGAGAAAUGCUCAAUUCAAUUAAAACAAACGAUCUUAUGUCGGUAUUUACGGUUAGUAAGUUGAAAUUGAUGUUACCUGGUGGUAGUGCAGGCAAAGAUAAUGGUAAGUCCCAACCAAAGAAACCAAACAAGAAGAGGAAGUAG